UUUACUUCAUUUGGCAGCCGAAACAUAAAUCGAUUUUUUUGUAGUUCUAGGAACUUUGUUCUCUUUUCAAAAUUUUUCGUUUGGUUCAUGUUCUGUAUACAGCGGUAUCUUUAAAAUGCCCUCUUUUGUGCUGCAAUAUGUGGGUUUCCUUUGGCUUUCUUUAAUUGUUUUUAGUAUUUCCACUGAUGUGACGGGAUUGGAAAAAUGUACAGAACUGCUUAACACCCAAAAGUUGGUCUACUGUUGUGGAAAGUCCUUCCUUGACAAGUUCCUAUUCGUAGGCAGCAAUUGUACGCCCUAUUGGGACGACUAUGGUCCUUGCCGCUAUGAGUGUCUUUAUAAGCAUUGGGACCUCCUCGAUCAGAAUAACAAGAUCAAGAAACCGGAGCUUUACUUGAUGAUAACCAGCUUGUAUAGUCCUUUAAAUGGUUACCAUAAAUAUGGAACCGCUUUGAAGGCUGCCCAUGAGACUUGCGAGGCAUUGGGCUCCAGACACGCCGACUUUCUGUUGCUCUACUCCAAUCGCAUGGCAAAUCGGAUGGGAAUGGCAUCAUCCCCCUGUAUGCCCUACGCGAUGCUCCAUGCCCAGUGUACUACGGUAUAUCUAACUGCCAAUUGUCCUGCAGAAAAUUGGAUGGAUGAUCAGGAGUGCAAAGGCUUACCAAAACUGUUGGCCAGUUGCACCAAAAAACUAGACGAAAAAAAGACUAACGUUAUAGCGGAAAAACAGCAGACUGAGGAAAAUGGGUGUAAGCACUGUGGUUUAGAAAGAUCCCAACUGCUCUUGGCCAGCUUUUUAACCCUGAUAUUCUCAAAGUUCUUGUCUGAUAAUUAAAAUGUCCGUCAGGACUGAGA